AUGAGUUUUUCUAUAGAUGAAGUUAAUUUUCUGGUAUACCGUUACUUACAGGAAUCUGGAUUCCAUCACUCAGCAUACACCUUUGGUAUAGAAUCUCAUAUUUCACAAAGUAAUAUAAAUGGCGCACUGGUUCCACCAGCGGCUCUUCUUAACAUACUUCAAAAGGGUUUGCAAUAUACUGAAGCUGAAAUAACGUUGGGAGACGAUGGUACCGAAAUACGGCUAACAGAGACUUUAAGUUUAAUUGAUGCAGUUACACCAGAUAUAGUUGCAGCUCGUCAGAAUGCUCACAAUGCUCAAAAACAGGCUAUCAAAGAAACUGGAUCAGGAAGUGAGCAAAAUGGUGGUGUGGAGGCUCCGCCUGUCAGUGCUCCAUCUGCAACAGGGGGAGCUGAAACGCCAAUUGCACAAGAACCUAUGGAGACUGACCAAUCAAUUGAAAUCCCUCCAAGCAAAGCUACAGUACUUAGAGGACAUGAGUCGGAGGUGUUUAUUUGUGCCUGGAACCCUAGCACUGAUUUAUUAGCCAGUGGCUCUGGAGACAGUACAGCGAGGAUUUGGGAUAUGUCCGACAACCCUACAAGUAUACCAAAUCAGUUAAUUUUAAAACAUUGUAUUCAAAGAGGUGGAGCUGAAGUGCCAAGUAACAAGGAUGUUACAUCACUCGAUUGGAAUUGUGACGGUAACUUGUUAGCAACAGGGUCAUAUGAUGGAUAUGCUCGUAUUUGGACUACCGAUGGAAAAAUCGCAUCGACACUAGGUCAACAUAAAGGACCAAUUUUUGCACUGAAGUGGAACAAAAGAGGAAACUAUAUACUUAGUGCUGGGGUGGACAAAACAACAAUUAUCUGGGAUGCGGCUUCAGGACAAUGCACUCAACAGUUUUCCUUUCACAAAGCUCCAGCUCUGGAUGUUGAUUGGCAGACUAAUACAUCUUUUGCCUCCUGUUCCACAGAUCAAAGCAUUCAAGUUUGCAAGUUACAUGUUGACAAGCCCAUAAAAAGCUUUUUAGGGCAUACAAAUGAAGUGAAUGCUAUCAAGUGGGAUCCACAAGGGCAACUGCUUGCAUCUUGCUCUGAUGACAUGACAUUGAAAAUUUGGUCUAUGAAACAAGACACUUGUGUUCAUGACCUCCAAGCGCAUUCAAAAGAAAUUUACACUAUAAAAUGGUCCCCAACAGGGCCAGGAACCCAAAAUCCAAAUAUGAAUUUAAUCUUGGCUAGUGCAUCGUUUGACUCCACUGUGCGUCUUUGGGAUGUCGAGAAAGGAGCUUGUGUGCACACUCUAACGAAACAUACAGAACCAGUAUACAGUGUUGCCUUUUCUCCCGAUGGGAAAUUUUUAGCGAGUGGCUCAUUUGACAAAUGCGUUCAUAUAUGGUCCACUCAAUCAGGAUCUCUUGUUCACUCAUACAAAGGAACUGGUGGCAUUUUCGAAGUCUGUUGGAAUUCAAGAGGUACAAAAGUAGGUGCUAGUGCCAGUGAUGGAAGUGUCUUUGUUUUAGACUUACGUAAAUUAUAG